GCUAAGAGCAUCACUUUAUCUAUUGCUUAAAGCCACACGCUAAACACGCGAAAAGCAAAAGUGAAUAGCAAAAUACCAAUUAACAAAGUAUUUAAACAAAACGCGAAAAGCUGUUUAUAGCAUACAAAACAGCUGCCAAUAAAUUCAAGUUAAUUAACAAAACAGUUGGAUGCUGUAUGUGUGAGUGUGUGUGUUCAAAAACGAAAAUAUUUUCCUAAAAGUUUGUAGGUGUGUGUGCGUGUGUGUUCCAGUUUUGUGUAUAACAAAAAGAAUUCUGUGUUGAGUGUCCUUUGAAGGUGGUGCAGGAUAACAACGCAUUAGUCAUCAGCAGAGGCAGCGCAGUUAGCAGCGCAUCCUGUCUGUUGUCGCCGGUUCUUGUUUUGCAUACAGCACAAAAACAAAAACCAACAAAAAAGCUGGAACAACAACAACAAUAACAACACAACAACUUGUUCUCCAUGCACCGUUUAACCCCUGCGUAACAACAACAAGGAGAAGAACAAGAAGAGUAAGAAGAAGAGCGAACGAACGAAGGGAAAUUGAGAAUGGAGCGUAAAUUCACGCGGGGCUUGAAUAAGCCCGGCAUGGCCGCACAGCUGAGAGAGAGCGUCUCUCAGGUUGUGCGUGAGAGCGCAGUUUUGCUACACUGCCCUGGAAGCUAUCAGCGCAGUCUCUCCAUUUUGAGCAAACCACUCGUCGUAGAACCGAUCGACUUUGAAGCCUUUAUAGCCAAAAAUAAAACACUCAUACAAAAUGAUCCGCAGCGGGAGUUGCUCAUCUAUCCAGCAGACGACGUUUCGGAGAUUGUCAUGCCGCGUAAGCAGCGAACCAAUGCCAAAUCUGUUGCAGAUCGGUUUGAGCCACCCAAUGAGGCCAUUGUUUGUCCACUGCAUGGCUCUGUCGUGCUGGGCAGCAAUGGACACAGUCAGGUGAGCCGACAGAGCAGCCUGCAAUCGAAUGGCAGCCUGCAGAAUGGACACAGCAGUAACACCAGCCUGUCCAAUGGCAACGGGCAAUUGUCCCGGAAGAGUUCACAGUGCUCCAAUGGCUCUGGGAGUCGUAAGUUGUCGCACGAGUCAUCGUAUGAGUCGGCGCUGUCGUCCACAACACUCCGUUCGAAUCUGGCACAGCCCGAGGAGGUGGACGAGUAUGCGGAUGAGGAGCCAACAGCUGGCCAAGAUGCAGUUGCUCUGGGAAGCCGUGCCGAGUGCACGCGCUUCACACGGCAAGCUCUCUACACGUAUCGUGCCAAAAAUCAUCUCAUCCACUACAAGUACAAUGCAUAUGGUGGCAACUGCCACGAUCUGCCCAGCACUACGCCCGCAGAGGAGUUGUUGGAGGAGCUGUACGAAAUCGAUGCCGAUCAGGAUCGUAUCGAUGAGGAAAUGACGCGCUCCCAAGCGGACACAAUAACCAAGCAGGGUUAUCUGUUGAAAGGACCCGAUUCGGCAUCGGAUCGAAUGUUUGCCAAUAUUGGCAACAAGUCCUUCAAGCGUCGCUAUUGCUAUCUGCGCCAAGAGAUCGAUGGCACCUACAUGCUCGAAUUGCACAAGGAUGAAAAGCAGGGCGAUGCCAAGGCUACUAUUGUCAUGGACUUUUGCACGGAAGUGGUGCAGAAUCCCAAACGUGGUCGUUUCUGUUUUGAGCUGCGCAUGACAGCUGGCCACAAAUCCUUCACCUUGGCCGCCGAAAACGAGCAGGACUUUAAAGAUUGGCUAACCAAACUAUCCUCGGUGCUGGCACAAAACAAGGCACAGGAGGAGAAGCGCAACGCAUCUCUCGAACGGCAUCCGGCUGCCAAUGCGACACCUACACCACAACUGCAGCCACCGGCAAUGGAGCCGCAAACGUUUGGCACGCUCAAGGGCUUGGAUCAGUCGCUGCAUCCACAGCUGAUGAAAUAUGGACGCGAGACGGAUCACUCCAUAGCGCUGGCGCGUCGGGAGCAACGUCGUCAUCUUUUUGCCUGCUAUCAGAGUGCCAGCAAGGCUCUGUCCAAUGUCGACAAUGUCGAACAGUAUCGCGAACACUUUGGCACACGCAUCCUACUCAGCUGUCAGUGCCUGCGCUUCCGUUUGCAAUGCCAGCCUGCGGAUUUGACAGAUGGCGGCACGGCGGGCGACCAACUCUGCCAGGUGGAGCCGUACAUUACCAGUGUUGCACUCUACGAUGCCAAGGCGGGUCGCAAGCUCAGCGAGAGCUUCUACUUCAACAUCAAUGAGUCGGCAGCGGCUCAACUUCUGCCCAAUACCCCAGUGCCUGCCUCGGUGGCCGGUUGUGGCAUGCCGCGGCGUGCGGAGAGCGAUGAGCGCAGUGCCGCCCAGGCGCCACAUUCGUUAUUCGACGGCGUCUCAUCGGAAUUGUUGCGGUGUCCGCGCCAGCAGUUCCAGCAGCUGCGACAGUGCCUGUUGUCAGUAAGUGCUCCACAUGCAGACAUCUAUUUGGUGUUGCGCAUCGAGAAGGUGCUGCAGUGCAGCAUCGCUCAGGCGGCCGAGCCGUAUCUGAAAGCGGCACGCGAUGCCAAACUGGGCCAGAAGGUGUACAAGGCGGCCAAGAACUGUGCCCAGCACAUCGGACACUAUCGCCAGCCAUUCGCCUGGGCGGCCAAGCCUCUGUUCAAGGCCUACAGCCACGAACUGGAUGUGGAGUCGCAGUGUUUGUUCGAGUUCAAUACCAUCUAUCGCCAGGAAUUGCCCAAGCUGCGCGAUGACGAGCUACUCAAACUGCUUGUCGACUAUCGCAAGCCGGAGAAGCUGAGCAAAUUGACGAUUAUACCAGGUUUUAUGCGGCUGCAGCUGCAGCUGCUGGAUCAGACGACGCCGUGCGGGCUCAGCAAAUCUCUGGCGCCCUUGUCCACGUUCAGUGCCUCGACCAAGCAGCAACUCACACUGGAACUCUCCGAGUUUCAGAGCCAAGCCGAGCGCGAUGCGUAUCCCUACACCAAUUUCUGCAAUCAUCUCUAUGUGUAUCCACUGAGUCUGCAAUUCGAUAGCCAAAAAUUAUUCUCACGCGCUCGCAACAUUACAGUUGUUGUCGAGCUGCGCGAUGGCGAUGGCGAGUACAGUAAACCCCUAAAGUGCAUCUAUGGCCGACCCGGUCAGGAUUUGUUGGUCUCACAGAUUGCGAGUCCGGUGCUGCAUCACAAUGUGACGCCCACUUGGUAUGAGGAGAUUAAAUUGCGUCUGCCACUGGGUCUGUUUGCGGAGCAUCACUUGCUCUUCUCCUUCUAUCACGUGUCCUGCAAUCUGAGCAAGAAACGCGACGCACACGCCGCUUUCGAGACGCCCAUUGGCUAUGCCUGGCUGCCGCUGCUGCAGAAGAAUCGCAUCUGCCUGGAGGAGCAACUGUUGCCCGUUGCUGCCACGCUCCCCGUUGGUUAUUUAUCCAUACAGCCGCUGGGCUGGGGCAAGGGGCAGAACUGCGGUCCGGACAUUCAAUGGAUCGACAAUCAGCGACCGCUUUACAACGUUGGUCUCCGCUUGGACUCCACGGUGCUGACGGCCGAUCAGCAUCUGCAUAACUUUUUUGCCCACUGCGAGCGGCUGCUGGAAGGCGGAAAGACUGGAGCCCUGCCCGCCGAAACGGAGACGUGCAAGAUCCUGAAGGCGGCACAUGCCAUCGAUAUGCGUUCACUUAUCAAUUUUCUGCCCACGCUGCUCAACGAACUGUUCACGCUGCUGGUGCACACACAGUCCGAGGAGAUUGGCCAGAAUGUGAUUCGUGUGCUGACGAACAUCAUCCAUCUGAUCAGCGAUGAUGCCAAGCGCACCGAGCUGCUGGCUGCGUACGUCAAGUAUGUGUUCAAUGCGCCAUACUACAGCCAAAAGACGGCACGAUUACGCACGGUUCAUGGUGAGCUGUGUCGUCAUUUGCCCCACCUGCUCAGUCCCAACAAUCCGGACUUUCUCAUCGUGAACAAAAUCAUGCGUUACUCGUCGAUCUUCUUUGAUCUGAUUGUGAAGAGCAUGGCACAGCAUCUGUUGGCCACGGGUCGCAUUCGCAUGUUGCGCAACGAGCGUUUCCCCAAGGAGUAUGCGGAUCGUGUGGAGCAGCUAAUCAAGAUGCUCGUCACGUACAUAACAACCCGCUACGAUGAUCUCGGCGAGGAGACACAGCAACUGAAUCGUUCCCUGGCGCGUUUUGUGCGUCAGUGUCUCAGCUACAUGGAUCGUGGAUUUGUGUUCAAGCUAAUCCGUUUCUAUAUGGAACAGUUUGCGCCUGGCAAUCCACGUGUGCUGCACGAGUAUAAGUUCAACUUUCUGCAGGAGAUUUGCCAGCACGAGCAUUAUGUGCCACUCAAUCUGCCGUUUGUACUCAAUCCCAAGAAUCGACCGCCCGAAUUGUUGCAGCAUCUCACACUCUCCGAGCAGUUUUGUCGCCAGCACUUCCUCUCCGGCCUUCUGCUGCAGGAGCUAAAGAGCAGCCUCAACGAGGUCGGGCACGUGCGUCGCCAUGCCCUAUCCAUCUUCAAGGAUUUGCUGGCCAAGCACGAACUGGACGCACGCUAUCAGCAACGUGGUCAGCUAUGCCGCAUCGCCCUGCUGUAUGUGCCCUGGCUGGGCAUUGUCAUGGAUAACCUGCAUCGCAUCGAUGAUCUGUCCGAUGCGAGCCCUUGUACGCCCAACGGACACGUCUAUGCCGACUCCGCAUCCUAUACAAAGCGUCUUAGCUGCUCCAGCAGCUAUGUGUUUAGCAAGGACUCCUCAACGUUUGGCUCGCUGACCUCCACACCGCGCUCGAAGAAUCGCCUCACAGUGCAUACCGAUCAGGCGAGUCCCUGUCGCACCUCGAUGCACAUCAAGGAUCACAAUUAUCUGGCCGCCAUCGCUGGCACAGCCAUUGGCAAUGGCGUCUCCAAUCUGUCGCUUAACUCCAACUCCGAUUCAGGCCACUCACAGGACACGACCACAAUUGGAGCCUACACAAAUGGGGAAACGGAUGUGCCGCUGCGCAAUGGCCACAAUCGAUCCGUGAGUGUGACCCAUGCACAGAUUCUGUCGCGCUGCGAUAAGUUUAGUGCUGCCGAGAGCAAGGAUCUGCUGCUUGGCUUCCUGUUUAUUGUGAAGCAUCUGUCGCAGGAUCAAAUAGUCGCCUGGUGGCAGAACUGCAACGAGACAGAGACCCUGCAGUUCCUAUCAAUAUUAGACCUGUGCCUCCUGCAGUUCCGCUACGUGGGCAAAAAGCAUGUGGUGCUGGCGACUGAGGCGCGUGUGCAGCGACCAACUAAGGCCCAUACGCUGCCUGCCAGAAGUACGCCGCCUGUGCUGGAGAAUGGCAAUCAGGAGCCGCAAAGCAACGGCACUGGCACACUCACCCAGACGCGGGAACAUCUGCUGGAGGAUAUGGAUCUCUCGGCCCGAACACAGCAGGCGCUGUAUGAAUCGAAUCUGGCCACAGAAGUGGGCAUGAUCAUACUGGACUGCCUGGGCCUGUAUCUUCUGCAGUUCCGUCAACUACUCGCCGACAGUCUGGUGCUGCCCAAGCUGGCGCGCGUCUAUUUGCGUUUCCUGCAACUGGGCCAGUCGGAGCGUCUCUCCAAGCACGUCUUUGCCGCCCUGCGCGCUUUCAUAAACAACUAUGCCAUGGCUCUGUUCAAGGGCAAUGCCAUGCUCUGCGGCCAGAUGGUCUAUGAGCUGUUGAAGGCCUGCGAUAGCCGCCUGGUGGAAAUACGUCACGAGUCCUGCGCAGUGCUCUACUUGUUGAUGCGCAGUAAUUUUGAGUUUAGUGGCCGCAAGGCACUGACCCGUGUCCAUCUGCAGGUCAUCAUCUCCGUGUCGCAAAUGAUUGGCAAUGUGAUCGGGCUGAAUAAUGCGCGUUUCCAAGAGAGCCUGUCGAUCAUCAACAGCUAUGCCAACAGUGACAAGGCCAUGAAGGGCACCGGCUUUCCACUCGAGGUCAAGGAUUUGACGAGACGGGUGCGCACUGUGCUGAUGGCCACGGCCCAGAUGCAGGCGCAUCACAUGGACCCGGAACGACUGCUGGAACUGCAAUAUUCGCUGGCCAAUUCGUAUGCCUCUACGCCGGAGCUGCGUCACACCUGGCUAGUAACCAUGGCACGUAAUCACGAACAGAAUGGCAACCUGUCGGAGGCCGCCUGCUGUCAUCUGCACAUUGCGGCGCUCAUGUGCGAAUAUCUGCGAUUACGUGGCGGCUGCACGCUCAGCUGGUCCUCGACGGCUUUUGGACGGAUAUCGCGCAAUAUUCCGCGCGAUGAGCAGGGCCUCAAGCUGGAUGCCGGUGCCCAGGACUCGCAGUAUACGGAGCAAAUGCUGCUCGAGCAGCUCAAGCAAUGCGCCGAUUUUCUCGAUCGUGCAGAGCGUUUCGAGUGCCUCGGCGAACUCUACAAGCUCAUCCUGCCCAUCUAUGAGCGGGCGCGCAACUUCAUCGAACUGGCCCAAAGUUAUGAGCAUCUCACCCAGGCAUACAAUAAAAUUGUCGAGGUUAAUCGGUCUGGGAGGCGUAUGUUGGGUCGAUUCUAUCGCGUCGUCUUCUACGGCAUGAUGUACUUUGAGGAGGAUCAUGCCGUUGAGUUUGUGUACAAGGAGCCAAAGCUGACAUCGCUAAGCGAGAUUUCGGAUCGUUUGAACAAACAGUAUAAGGAAAAGUUUGGUGCCGAUGUCGUCAAACUUAUUAUGGAUUCAUCGCCGGUCAAAGUUGAGGAACUGGAUGCCAAACUUGCCUACAUACAGGUCACCCAUGUGAUACCCUUCUUCACCAAAGAUGAGCUCGAUCAACGUCUCAAUGAGUUCGAACAGAAUCAUGAUGUGGACACAUUCAUGUAUGAGACACCAUUCACCAAGUCUGGUGCCGCACGCGGCAACGUUGAGGAGCAAUGGAAACGUAAAACGGUCAUUAAGACCACAUAUUCAUUUCCAUAUGUCCUCAAACGCAUACCAGUCAAAUCGCGCGAAAUCAUCGAGCUGAGUCCCAUUGAGGUGGCCAUCGAUGAGAUGCAAUCAAAGGUUUCAGAGCUGGAGGAGAUCAUUCUGCCACCUGCGGAUGUUAAGAAGCUGCAGCUGCGUCUUCAGGGCAGCGUAGCAGUCACGGUGAAUGCGGGACCAUUGGCAUAUGCGCAUGCCUUCCUGGACGCCAAGGUGAUCAAUAACUUUUCGCUGGAUCGGGUCGAGGAUUUAAAGGAUGUAUUUCGUGACUUCAUUGGCGUCUGUCAUAAGGCGUUGCGUGUGAACGAGCGCAUGAUCAGUGCCGAUCAGAAAGAGUAUCAUCAUGUGCUCAAGGAGAACUAUGAGAAGCUGUGUCAAGCGCUCAGUGAGUUACUCCAAGACGAGUCAUUCCAGCCGCUUAGCGACGAUGCCGACACAGCUGCCCAGCGCAAUAGCAUGGCUUUAUUCAAUGCGAUCAGUGGCGCCUCACAUAACUCAAGUUUUGGUUAUGCCGUUUAUUAAAGUCCAUGCAAACCAGCAAAUACCAUAUACCCUACACAAAUCAUACAGCAUAUAUUGAACUACAUAUACCAUAUAAAUACGCGAACACAUCCAUACACGAUAAAAUAAAUAGAAGUAACUAAUGUUUCAACUAGCUGAACCAAGUUCCAGUACACACGAAAAAACUUGUUAAUUUAUAAAUCCGUUUAGCGCUUAUCAA